CAUCUCAAACACAAAAGUUCAUUCACUUUUUGUAUACUAAGAUACUCAAACCAACCAUUGUAAUUGUAUCCUCUUGCACAAAAAAAUGGGUAAGAAAACAAGUUCAUGUGAAGAAGCAGCACGCCGAGCAUGGCGGCUCCUUCGAGUAACCUUGUUGUGGGCUCGGAAGGGCAGUUUACUAAAAUGUCGGCUCAUGGCUGAGCUAAGGCACAUGCCAAAGCACCUAAAGGGCCAUAACAAGAAGACUAGAGAUAUGAUCCGGUAUGGUGAGCGUGAGCUCUCUUUUGAUGAAACACCCAUAAUGCACCUUAGGAUGAGCCGACAUGGCUCGUUAAGGUUCAAAAUUCCGUGCAUUACCCCAGAGGUAACUGAUUUCGAUUAUGAUUUUGGUAACGACGGUGAUGAUUAUGAUGAUGUAAGGUAUGGGAGUUUUCUAAGGAGCAAUGUGGAGGAUUACAAAGAUGACUGCGACGAAGAAUGUGAAGAAGAAAUGGUUAAUGAAGAAGUAGGGAUUGAUGUCAAGGCAGAUGAGUUUAUUGCUAAGUUCUAUGAGCAAAUGAAGCUGCAAAGACAGAUUUCCUAUCAACAAAGGCAUAAUGUAAUAUAAGGAAAACUAAAGAUACAGCAUUACAUUCGGAUUUUCUAUUUUUUGAGGAGAUUUUGUAAGAGAGGCGUUGCGGCGUUUUGUAAAUACCCGAGGCUUCAUUGAGAGAGUUUUACAGUAAUUUUAUUGAUAAUAAUAGAUUUUAUCCAGUUUCACAAA